CCGGCUCCCGUCUGUUCUUCCGGUGGCGAUGGCUGCGGCCGUGGCUGGGAUCCUGCGAGGGGGUCUCCUGCCCCAGGCGGGCCGGCUGCCCACCCUCCAGACUGUCCGCUAUGGCUCCAAGGCUGUUACCCGCCAUCGUCGUGUGAUGCACUUUGAACGGCAGAAGCUGAUGGCUCUGACUGAGUAUAUCCCCCCAAAACCUGCUGUUAACCCAAGAUGCUUACCGAGUCCUCCCAGUCCCCCACAGGAGGAGACAGGCCUCAUCCGGCUCCUCCGUCGGGAGAUAGAUGAGGUUUUCCGAGAGAACCGAAUGAUAGCUGUGUGUCAGAAUGUGGCCCUGAGUGCAGAGGACAAGCUUCUCAUCCGGCACCAGCUGCGGAAACACAAGAUCUUGAUGAAGAUCUUCCCCAACCAGGUUCUGAAGCCCUUCCUAGAGGAUUCCAAGUACCAAAACCUGCUGCCCCUGUUUGUGGGGCACAACUUGCUGCUGGUCAGUGAGGAGCCCAAGGUCAAGGAGAUGGUGCGAAUCUUGAAGAGUGUCCCUUUCCUGCCACUGCUAGGUGGCUGCAUCGAUGACACCAUCGUUAGCAGGCAGGGCUUCAUCAACUAUUCCCAGCUUCCCAGCCUGGCCCUGGCAGGGGAACUGGUAGGAGGACUCACCUUCCGUAUGGCCCAGACCCACCUCUUGCUUCAGCACCAGCCCUUCCAACUGACUGCCCUGCUGGAUCAGUACAUCAGACAGCAACAGGAGGGGGACUCCGUCACGCCAGCCAGCGAGCAACUUGCCUCUCCUGACCCUGUUCCGAACUCCUAGCCAGCCUGUUGCACCCAGCCUGCCUGCCCAUAAACAUGCUGUACUCCUGUUGGCUGUGCCAACAUCUGGCAGAGAUACAGAGGGAAGUGUGGGGAGUGGCACUUGUUACCUGACUUCACUGACCACAACUUCCUCAGAUGCAGGGCCACCUGGGGUUGCAGAGACACUCCAUUUCCAAAUGGAGGCUCUUAAUCACUGUCUUUGUCCCUAGUUUUCCCACCCUGAGACCUAACAGGAGUGGGGUUUUGGCUCUCCAGGCCCAGGGCAGAGAAGCUGAACAGAGAUUGUCUUCUGCCUCCAGGCCCACAGUCCUUUGUCACAUGUGUCUCCCAGCCUAUCCCCUUGUGGAUCUGAUGUGCUGGAAUAGCUCACCCAAGUCAUUGUGCUAAGAGUGGUAUCUGUUGAGAGCCUGCUGUGCCGGGCUGCGUGCUUACCACUUUACGCACAUCAGUUCUACUUCUCACCAUGUAACCAUAUCACCCCCAUUUUACAGAAGGCUAAAGGGUGGAGAAGUUCAAUAGUCUGCCCAAGGUCCUGCAGCUAAUAAGAGGCUGAACAGGGACUUGAGCCAGGCUCUCUGCUCUGAAGACCAGGCCCUGGAUUUCUGCCCUAGAACUUCCUCAUUAGGGUUCUGUGUGUGCUUGAAUGUUAAUUCUCCGCCCUUGGGGUGUGUCAUGUUAUGGAAAGGUUGGGAGUACUGCUUUCUGAUAAAAUGGAAUGCAUUUUA